CUCGCGAUCACGUCAUAAACAAGCGCCUUAGGCUAAGGCGGGGAGGGCUGUGUCCUGUUUCUGUUUUGGGAAGAAUAACUUUUGAAUGACCAUCUCAACACCAUGGUGUGCCUCAAGAACCAGCACCUUUCUCAACGACGGGGGAUUAUUUACCAAAUUAUUUCCGAUAUAUUUUGUGUUAUUUUAGUUGGCUGUGGCAUUUUAGCCAUCAAGUUUGGAGCAAAGCCGUACCACCGAGGCUUCUUCUGUGGGGAUGAGAGUAUCAUGCACCCGGUUCUGUCAGACACGGUCUCAAUAGCUCUGGCCGCCAGUGUGGGAGUUCUCUUGCCAGGUGUUGUGAUAUUGCUGUGUGAAUUUAUUCUGCGACACAACCAGGAAGUCUGCCUCAUUGCUCCCAAAACAGCGUAUCCUCGCAGGAAAUCUUGGUGGCUGUCUGCGUACAGAAGCCUGAUAGUGUUUGUAUUUGGAAUAUCAGUAACUCAAUUUUUAACAGAAAUUGGGAAAUAUUCCAUCGGACGAUUACGGCCUCACUUUCUAACUCUGUGUAAGCCAAAUUUGUCCCUUGCGAAUUGUGCAGAUUUUGUCAUUGAUGAUGUGUGCACUUCCACUGAUUCUGCCAUGAUGACGGAGGCAAGAUUAUCCUUCCCCUCGGGUCAUUCUUCCUUCUCAAUGUACUGCAUGCUGUUUCUUGUUGUGGUAUCUCUGACAGACUUCGGCAAGACACUGACCGGCCGGACCCCCUCGUCCACCUCCCCCGACAGUCUUCCUGAGAGCCCCCCCAACAUGACAGUCCACAGUGACAACCACAGCUCUCUCGACUACCCUCACUCGCACCCUCGACAAACCUCUCCCCCGAGAGACCCCACCAGCAAGACUCACAUUGUGCAGGUUGAGCUGUGAAAUGCCCUGGUCUGUCUGCUUAUCGCGAGCUGAGUGCUGUUUCAUCUCAAAAUUUACAGUCCAUUAACUCUCUGAUCCCGGAAUUAUUUUCGACAUUUUGAUGGAAUUCUAGAUUUUGUGAAAUACGUAAAGGGAAAUAUGUGUAAAAUGUUCAUAAAAUGUCUAAAGCUGUUCCGAAAAUAGAAAAGGAAGCUGUUUAUAUAUUUAUCUAACAAUUCCAAGUCAAAAUCUAUUUGGAAUUGUAAGAGAUUGCAUUAGCAAUAAUACUUCAUGCACUCUGCGAUCGGAUCAGACCCUGGGACCAUUCAUUAGGGGACUGGACUUGUUUCACUGGAUGCUUCCAUCAUCCACUCGGGAUUUUACAAUUAAUAAAAAACAAUUAUUUGUGUGCCAAGUUAAACUUAACAAAUUGGAGACAGAGUUUUAUAGAUAGCUUCCCCUUCAGUUUGAAAUUCCCUCCCAUCAUGCUUAAGAGAGGCGCGUACUUUGAUUGAAUUUAAAUGUGGUCCUAAAAGACAUUUACUUAUCUAAAAACACAUUUACUUAUAUCCCAUUUUACUAACUACUUUGAUUCUUCUCCCAAGUAGUGUGGUCAGUAGCCACAGUGAUUGCUUUUUGUGUACGUGUUGUUUGUUGGAUUACGGAUGUUUAUGUAUUUGACGAAAGAAAUGUUGUACUUAGAAUGGACCAGUAUGCAUGAAAUAUUGAUGUGAAUCGUAUUUUAUUGUGAAUCGUCUAGAGCCACCAGGGAGUGGGCGCUAUAGAAGUGAUCUUUAUUAUUGUAUUGUUCAUACUCUAAUUUCCGACUUUUGGAAUUUUGGAAAAGGAAAAGUCGGAGGGUGCUGUAUCUGGUGAACAGGGUGGGUAUGGAAGAAUUUUGUAAGCGCACUGCUUUGCUGUCUAAGUUGUCUUCAUGGCUCUGUCAAGGCAGAUGAAGAAUCUUCCACUUGAUCCCGGAACUAUUUGGGUCAAAGCCCUUGUUCCGUACAUUUCAGUUCCAUUUUGUACUUACUCCCGUUUUCGCAACCGGAAUUCAACACUCUCACUGUGAUUUACAUCAAAACCGGGUAAAUGGAGUUGAUGCAAAAUAGCACUUAACUCGCGAUAUCUUUACACCAUGUAGCAAAACUGUGUGGGAGGUGGAGGGAUCUUUUCCUGCACCGCUCAGUUGUGAUCUUAUGGUGUGCAUGAAUGCACCAAAUAGUGAAACUGUGCAGGGAUCUUUUUCUGUGCGGAACAGUUGUGAUCUUAUGUUUGUAUGUUUAUUCCAAAUAGCAAAACUGUUGGGGGUCUACUAGGGAAGUUAAAUAAGUCUUUGCCCUGACUAUGAAAGAAGCAAGCUGGAAAAUUUAAUUUGAUACUCACAAUUUCACUUCUUUACAUAGAUACCUAGCAAAUUGUCACACUUUUGCCAUUUUUGUUUGACCUUCAAGAGUCCUUGAGCACAAGGGACUCGAACCUUUCCUGCACUGCAGAUAUAGCAUCUUCAUCAGUAUGGAAACGCUGUCCUUUGAUAACUUUUUUUCAGAUUUGGGAAAAGGAAAAACCGGAGGGUGCUAUAUCUGGUGACAAACUGCUUUGUUGUCUGAAUUGCCUUCACUGCAUUAUCUUUUGGUGUUUAAGAACCACGUUCGCUAAAAAUAUUCUUUAAUUCUCACCACUCCCUGGAUUUUCCCAAAAUUUCGCCUACAGCGUUCUUGAAGGAUAGAAAUCACUUUCUGCAAGUUUCAUCAUUUAUGAUUGUUCUUUCAUAGUCAGGAUAAAGACUUAUUGAACACCCCUCGUAUUUCUGCACUGACCGGUUGUUGUGAUCUUAUAAUAUACUUAUAGUUGUAUGUUUACACCAGA